AUGGCUGAAAUGAUGGAGUCUGAGAUUGAGCAAAGCUUCCAAACUGUUACUUCUUGGAAGAAAAAUAAGGAACAAGAACAAUUCCGUAAACUCUUUAUUGGCGGCUUGAGCUCUGAAACCACAGAAGAAAGUCUGAGGAACUACUACAAGCAGUGGGGAAAGCUUAUAAGCUGUGAGAUCAUAAGGGACCAUGCAAGCAAAAGAUCAAGAGGGUUUGGUUUUGUCACCUUUUCGUCCAUGGCUGAAGUGGAUGCUGCCAUGGCUGCCAGACCUCAUUCUAGUGAUGGGAAAACAAUUGCCCCCAAACGUGCUGUCCCAAGAGAGGAAUCUGGACAGCGAGGGGUUUUCCUGACUGUGAAGAAGCUGUUUGUUGGUGGAAUUAAAGAUACCGAGGAACAUCAUCUUAGAGAUUACUUUUGA